AUGGAAUCUGUAUGUGAUUUUUGUGGAGUGGCAAAGGCUGUUGUUUAUUGUAAACCAGACUCAGCAAAGCUGUGCUUGCACUGUGAUGGAUGCGUGCAUUCGGCCAACUUUUUGUCGCGAAGGCAUCCGCGUUCGCUGCUAUGCGAUAAGUGCAGUUCACAGCCUGCAAGGGCACGGUGCUUAGAUGAAAAGUUGUCGAUUUGCCAAGGAUGUGAUUGCAGUGCAAAUGGAUGUUCAAGUUUGGGGCAUCAUCUUCGGGCGUUGAAUUGUUAUACAGGGUGUUACUCUUUGGCUGAGUUUUCGAAGAUGUGGUCAUUAGUUCCUGAGGGACCAUCUUUGGGAGGCUUUGAUUCAGGAUGGGAUUCACUUAUUUCUGGGCCGAUAAAUGGGAAUUGCAUCAGUAGUUGCUUGGAGCAAAGGGAUGAUGAGGCCGGAUCAUUGGGCUUGGUUACCUGCAAGGUGAAUGAACUAGAAUCUUGUUCCAAGCUUGAACCUUGGAGGGGGCCUUCGAGCUUCAUCACUCCGAAUUCAAACUCCAUGCCUAGUUGUAGAGGUCAUGUGCCUUUGUUGCCGGAGGUGGCAAACCUGCCGAAGCAGGAUUGUUCCAUCCUUAAGGAUAUUGGACUUCCUGAUUGUGAAGAUCUAUAUGAAGGUCUCAACUUGGAUGAUUUACCAUUGGACUUUGAAAACAGCGCCGAAAUAUUUAGCUGUUCAGAAAGUCAUUACAGAUAUCAGGUUGAGGAUGUAGGAAAAGAUUGCAUGUUAAUGGAGAAAAACUUGUCAGUUACCGAGUCUAAUGGCCCUAUCGAAAAUGCUAUAGAGGUGUCAUCAUCAGGACAGCAGGAUUGUCUUGCCUUCCAAUCAUCUUGUGUUUCUGGGUCAGCUAGUGCAAUACAGACCAUAAGUGGUAAUGCUAAUUGCAGCAUAUUUACGGAUCCUAGUUGCAGCAGAAACUUCAACCUAGGAAUUCCUGCUCUUACUGGACAAGUUCAUUCAAGCAUGUCUCUUUCACUAUCCAACAUAAUUGGUGAAAGUAGUGCUGCUGAUUAUCAAGAUUGCGGAUUAUCGUCACUAUUUAUGAAUGGUGAAUCACCAUGGGAAUCACAUCUGGAUGGUAACUCUCCCCAGGCAAGAGAUAAGGCUAAGAUGAGAUACAAGGAAAAGAAGAAGACACGGACUUUCAGCAAGCAAAUCAGAUAUGCCUCUCGUAAAGCCAGGGCUGAUACUCGAAAACGAGUAAAAGGCAGAUUUGUUAAAGCCGGGGAAGAAUAUGAUUAUGACCCUCUUCCGUCAAGCAACUUCUGA